UCUCUGCAUUGCGUAUCUGGCCUGUCGCGGUCACCGUAAAUUUUCAACUCCUACUCCAGAUUCCGUUCACUGAAUCUCUCCACUUCACCAUUCUUCUUCCUCACACUCCCCACCGGACACUACACACCCCGUCUGAUCGCAGCCAUGCCCGGCUCAUCAGAGGAAGAAAACGACUCGCGAACCGCAUCCGUUGGCCUCCAACGCACCCGCGUUCAAAACCAAGACUCGCACCCGAACAAGCGCCAAAGACGCACACGAGGAAACUCUGCGAAUAGUGAUGUCCGCGAUUUCGUUCCCCAAGGUGGCACAUUCAGUGCGAAACCUCUAGAAGUCGAUCAGGAUGAUACGUCUAGCUCUGGCUCCGAUUCCGACUCUGGCAGCAACUGGUCUGAUGCGAAUCCGAACCCGUAUGCGGGAACGACUUCGCAGGCUGUAAAUUGGAAUCAGGGCAAUAAGCGCGCGAUCAGGACUACACUAGGUGGAAGAGGGAAGGCGAAUAAUAAUAAGAAACCGGAGCCCCAGCCCCAGCCCGAGCCGGAGAAAGAAUCAGACGCCCAGUUUGAUGCGGUAAAUGGCGCGUACUGGCGCAGUCGGAGUGAAUCUGUCUCUACUGGAAAUGGUGAUAAUGACAAGAAGGAUGAAGGUCAAGACUUGGAAGAAGGGGAGGUAAAUGAAGACGCGCCUGCGUUGGACACAUCAGGAGACUCAGAUGAUUCGGAAUCUCUGGACUCUGAGGCUGACGAUUCGAUAUUGUUAAAUCUCGGUCAAAAGGAAAACGGGCAUGCAGCUACAUAUGAAAAUGAUGAUUAUGACCCUGAGAUGCAGCCGUUUGUGGGCGUCGUUAUUUCGAAUGGCACUCCUGGAAAACAAGGGAAACAAAAUGGCACUGCGACGGACGCUUCCAAAGAGGAGACAAUCCGCAUUUUUACGCAGAGAUAUCCGUCUCCACCAGCUGUUAUGACUGACCUGGUUCAAGAGGACAAGGACUUUCAGAUCAGGUUUAUGUACUGGUCCGAGUCGAAGGAUCCUCAAAUCCCCAUCUCUUGCACUGAAUGUAUGCAGGAGGGACACAUCGCGCAAGUGUGUCCAUCGAAGGAGUGCACGCAUUGCAGUGCCUGGGACAAACACGACAGCAACUUCUGCCCCACAUGGCGAAGAUGCCAACGCUGUCGCGAACGAGGCCAUGACGAAGCCCAAUGCUCCUCGUUACUGAAAGGCUCCGCCUCCGAAGUUCCCUGUGACCUAUGCGGCUCGCAAGACCACCUAGAACUCGACUGCGAUUACAUGUGGAAGCUCCCACUCCGCGAUCCAUCGUCAGGACCGGUGCUCGUGUCGAUUUCUUGCUCGCGUUGCACUAGUAAUAACCAUCUCGCUGGUGAUUGUCCAUCGCUACCGAGACCGUUGAAUUCAUCAUCGUGGACACUGAAAGGAAUCGACCCGAAUAUGGUCACCAAUAUCAACUCCGUAAUCCCUGGCCGCAGUCGACCCGGUCCCGUGGCUCGGGGUAGAGGGGGAAUGAAGAUCCGCGGCCGGGCAGAACGCUCGCCAACGCCUGAUAGCGACGAAGAUGACGGCAUUUUCACAAGACCAAACCAACGUCCUCCACCUCCAGGUCGUGGAGGAGGCCGUGGUAAUAUCCGCAUCGGAGGCGGGAUCGGACGAGGGAAGAACCUAGGCCCUGGGGGUUAUCGGGAUCGAAAUGAUUCCUUCGGGGACCGCUCUCGUCAACGAUCAUUGUCUCCUAUUGGACGGCCGGGUCCUGGUCCUGGGAGAGGACGAGGAGCUCGGGAUAACUGGAAUGUGCGCUCUCGGUCACCGCCGCGAAGGGGGAGACCUCCACCUCCACCAUCGCGUGGUGGACGUGGACGCGGAGGAGGCGGAGGCGGAGGUAAACGAGGGGGAGGCGGCGGUGAUGCCUAUCGUCCUAUGCCCAGUGCUGCUAAGAAAAAUUGGGAUAGAUAUCGGUUUUGAUUUGGGUACUUGCUGCAUUGCCACAUUUUGUUAUAUACCCCGCGUUCUGGCAGAGGAAUUUGCGUACAUACGACGAUUUUGUUGUAUAUCUACGAUACCAAUGGAAUAUGUUCAAAAGAAGAAGAACAAGGAAUCCACGAUUUAUCCCUCGCGGUCACUGGUAGCCGGCUUAUCACCUCCCCGAUGACCAACGAAGCCCUUCUCAAGAACAUCAACCAAAUCAUCCAAACGGUUGAUACUAAGAUCCGUAUGCUCAUGAUCCUUCAGCCAACCGUUCUUCUCAUUCAAUAGCAGGACGGUAGCUGCACCGGCCAUGUCUCCUGCGGUCAUGUCGUCGAUGCUAUCACCA